GGGAGAAGGAGGUCUCAGAAUGACGCCCUUGAAGGACAUGUUCCCCUUUCACCAAUGCACAGACCCAGAAGACCCCUCCGUCCUGCAGCCCCUGCCAUGAGCCUCGGUCUCCUGUGCUGUGCAGCCUUUUCUCUCCUGUGGGCAGGUCCAGUGAAUGCUGGUGUCACUCAGACCCCAAAAUUCCGGGUCCUGAAGACAGGACAGAGCAUGUCACUGCUGUGUGCCCAGGAUAUGAACCAUGAAUACAUGUACUGGUAUCGACAAGACCCAGGCAUGGGGCUGAGGCUGAUUCAUUACUCAGUUGGUGAGGGUACAACUGCCGAAGGAGAGGUCCCUGAUGGCUACAAUGUCUCCAGAUUAAAAAAACAGAAUUUCCUGCUCGGGUUGGAGUCGGCUGCUCCCUCCCAAACAUCUGUGUACUUCUGUGCCAGCAGUUACUCCACAGUGCUGCACGGCUGUCUCCUCUCUGCACAUAAAGGCAAGGGAAGGUGCUGCCCUCCUCCGCAGCACAGAUUCAGCGAUGCCCUUCGUCCUAGCACCGAAAACUUUGGAGCCCCAAUGGGCCCGUGCAGUGCGAACCUUCGUCUGUGCCAGGUGCCUCUGCAGUCGGUCUCGGCCAGGCCUGGACUGGUCCCAGGACCUCAGAUGUCUUCUUUGUUGCCCUCCGGUCCUUCCUCUGAGCUGUCCUUUUGGGCUGGGGCCAGGGGUUUCCCAGCUCUGACUUUCCUAGUCAUUCACCUGAGUCUGAGGCCUCCUAGGUGAAAUAGGAUUUGUAUU